CAGGAUAUAAAGUGUGAUUGAACUGCACAUCUGUCUUCUAAUCCUCACCAUGAACCGUGCUUUUAGCAGGAAGAAAGACAAAACAUGGAUGCAUACGCCUGAAGCUUUAUCAAAACAUUUUAUUCCCUAUAAUGCAAAGUUUCUUGGCAGCACUGAAGUGGAACAGCCGAAAGGAACAGAAGUUGUGAGAGAUGCUGUAAGGAAACUCAAGUUUGCAAGGCACAUCAAGAAAUCUGAAGGCCAGAAAAUUCCUAAAGUUGAAUUACAAAUAUCAAUUUAUGGAGUAAAAAUUCUGGAACCCAAAACAAAGGAAGUUCAACACAAUUGCCAGCUUCAUAGAAUAUCAUUUUGUGCAGAUGAUAAAACUGACAAGAGGAUAUUCACUUUCAUAUGCAAAGAUUCUGAAUCAAAUAAACAUUUGUGCUAUGUAUUUGACAGCGAAAAGUGUGCUGAAGAGAUAACUUUAACAAUUGGCCAAGCAUUUGACCUGGCAUACAGAAAAUUUCUAGAAUCUGGAGGAAAAGAUGUUGAAACAAGAAAACAGAUCGCAGGGUUACAGAAAAGAAUCCAAGACUUAGAAACAGAAAAUAUGGAACUUAAAAAUAAAGUACAAGAUUUGGAAAACCAAUUAAGAAUAACUCAAGUAUCAACAUCUCCAGUAAGUAUAUUGACAAUGU